AUGACCGAAUGCAAGCCGCUUUCUAUACCCGCUGCGGUCACUCAGGCUGUCUCACCCACUCAGAAGUCAUUUGACAACCCAACUCAAUACCGUCGUAUAGUUGGGGCACUUCAGUACUUGACGAUUACAUGGCCAGACUUGUCUUACGUUGUCAACCAGCUGUGUCAAUUCAUGCACUCUCCGACUGUUGAUCAUUGGGGUCUAUUAAAGCGAGUGUUGCGGUACAUCAAGGGGACUCUGACCUACGGUCUCCGGCUGACAGUCUCUACCUCGUCUGCUAUUCAUGCUUUUUCGGAUUCUGACUGGGCCGGUUGUCCGGUUGACAGGAAGAGUACUAGUGGAUAUGCUGUGUUUCUUGGGGCCAAUCUCAUUUCAUGGCUAUCCAGGAAACAACGCACUGUUGAUCGCUCCUCCACUGAAGCUGAAUACAAGGCUCUAGCGGAUGUCUCGGCCGAGGUCACGUGGGUUGUAUCGCUGCUGCGUGAGCUGGGACUUCAUAAUGGUGGGCCGUCUACUCUCUGGUGUGAUAAUCUCGGGACUACCUAUCUUUGUGCCAACCCAGUUUUUCACGCCAGGACCAAACAUGUGGAGAUUGACUAUCACUUUGUCCGAGACAAAGUUGCGUCGGGAGAAAUGACAGUCAACUUUGUGUCAACUAAAGAUCAACUAGCGGAUAUCUUCACCAAGCCGCUACCCGGCCCUCGGUUCACUACUCUACGGGACAAGCUCAAUGUGGUUAUGCACCCUCCUUGUGCUUGA